CAAAUGAUCCAUCAGAUCGGAAGAUACUGAUGAUGGCUCGCUGGGUCGACUUUUGUCUACACGUAGGCCUCUUUCUGAUACGAACGACCGUCAUCAGCGCCGAUUCUGGUUGUAGCUUAAGACGAACAAGCUAUGACAAACGGGGUUUUGUUGCUGACAUUGGUUCUGACUAUGCCGCGCUUCUGGAAUCACAGUCUGUAGUUAGCUUAUUUGAAUGUGUCAGGUAUGUGGAGAGAAGACGGACAUUUCAAUGGUUUAUCUACAACCCUGUGGACAAUCUGUGCAUAUCCAGCACGUGCUGGGCGAUGCCCAUACAAUUUGUGGGGGUGUCCAACAACAUCUUGUACAGAAAAGGAGAGCUUACUAUCCCACAAUCCUGCUCUGAUGUGAAGAAAACUGAUCCCACCGCUACUGAUGGCGAGUACUGGAUCUACCCUGACGCCCCAACCUUCCUGGGUUGCCCCACCAAGAUCUACUGUCAUGACAUGGCUUCUGGCUCCCCCAGGGAAUACGUCAGUCUGACUGUGACCAACACAGGGGAGUACCCAGGUGUACAAGAUCUGAUUUGUAAAGAUAUCGAGAAUACUAUAACUGGCCGUGUUACAAACUUCAGUAAAAUCAGAGUUGAUGUAAAGGUUAUGGAGGUGAACAAAACAGAUCACACCUUUGCCACAGGAACAGGAGCGUAUGGAGAAGCUGAAGAUUGUUACUCACAGGCAAACCGUGGAUGCGGCCCGAAGGGGAAUUUUCAAGUAGACACCAAUGGAACAGGCAUGCUUGUUGAUCCAGAGCAAACGUGGAAUGGAUUUGGAUACAAGCCGCACACGCCAUCAGUGAUGAGGUCAGCAGAUGGCGUCCAGAUUGACCUUCUCUGCGGUGGAGGGUGUGGCGGGUGUAGACCAGUUGGACCACUGAAACUCCAUAAAAACUUUCAGGAAGUUAUUCCUCAGGAAAACGCAGCUUCUGUAACCAAGGGCUAGUGCUGUGAACAUCGAACAAGCCACAACUAAUAUCAACGGGAGCACAUUUUAGCAAGAAAUCAGCGUUAUCACCACUAUCGCCAUGGGGCAAAAUAGGAUUCUAUAGUAUUAUUUUCUAGCUCAGUCUUGACAAGAAUCUCUUAUUAGCAUGUAACCGUUCGUGUACUUUCUCAAGAAUCAGGUCUCCAUUUAACAUGUAGCAAGUGACGUAACUAUGGGGAAAUAUGUUAUGGCAUCAAUUUGAGAACUCAGUCUUGAUACGUAUCGCUUAGGUAAGCUUGCAAAGUUUCAUUCAUGUAACUUCAGUAGUUUCUGAGAAAACGUGUCCCAUUCUGGACACUGUGCACUAAAUAGAACAACAUUGAUCAAGGAUCGCCAAAUAACAUAGGGAACCAAUUCUCGAACUCAGUCUUGACAAGUAUCUGUUAGAUAAGCAUGCACACUUUCAUUCAUGUAACAUCAGACAUUUCUGAGAAAACUUGUCCCCAUUUCAUGCAGUAUUUACUGAGGUGAAAAGCAGACAGCAAUGGACAUAACUCUGUAAAAAGUAAUUGAAGACUCCAAUUUUCGAACUCAUUUGAGAUCAUGACAAUAACAUCACUGGUGUGUAAAAUCUAAAUUCUCUAGAAUCUAAAACGUUUAGAAUUUUUCAGAAAAUGUGUCCCCAUUGAGAAGAGGAUUUAUGGCGGGGUAUAAUAAUUACACUAUAGUAUCUCUCUUCACUUUCUCUGUCGCAAGAUGAUAGUUCUCAAAUUAUCAUCCUUGUCGUUGGACAUAAUUUUUUGUUUGAUUGUGCGAUCCGUGAUUGCUUUACGAUUUAUUUAUUAACAUACUUCAUUUCCAUACAUGCACCAAAACUCAGAAGUUUGUGGAAAUAUUGUGUAGCACCGAGUUAUGACGUUCUAAAGGAACGAAACAGUGAAAGCGUUAGCACCUCUGUAAAUCUACGAGGGAGUAAAAGAAAACAAUUGUGUUUUGCGAGAUUUGUACCUAACUUACGAUUCAAAGAAUACUUUGAAACGAUUAAGUAUUAUUCUCCAUACGUAGCUGUACACUGAAAAGCAAGGGAAACAAACAAACUACGUGUCAGGCUUGAUAAAAAAGACCUGAAAAUAUUUAUGAUAAUUUUUGAGCAUUUGUGAUCAUGAAUAAGCAAAUAGAUAGCAAUGAUACAGAGCUAUGAAAUAAUACACUUGUAACUAUGACAAUAUAAAAAUGGACACAAAAUGACAUAAGGGCAUGGGGUCUAUGUCACUCUGCAUAGGCCUGAACACCAUGAUUGCACAGUCGUCAGAUCUGGAUAGGGAGGCCGCUAACAACAUGUCCUAGGGACCCGUGAAGAUCGGAGUUAGAACAGGUCUUCAGCAACCCAUGCUUGUCGUAAGAGACGAAUGUGCUUGUCGAAAGAGACGAAUAUGCUUGUCGUAAGAGGUGACUAAGUAACGACAUCGGGU